GGAGCAAUCAUCACUGGCACAGUCACCACAGUCUCAGAUUGUAGUGGAGGAAAACUGUCAAAGCACUUUUCACAUCUUGUUCACUUUUCAUUGCGAAAAAAUGGUGGACGUGGCUAAUGAUUUGCGGGACUGUUAAUUUUGUGUGAAGAAUUUCGAACCCAACAUAGCUGUGAUCUGAUUAUUCGUUUGGUUGGAUGAAUAACCCUAGUAUUGUACAGUGGAUGGUGGAUGCAGAUGUUGUAUUUUCUUCGACUUAAGUGCAUUUCAAGAUAGGUUUACAAAAACAAGUUUUCUACAGUGAAAUUCGGAAAAUCUCAAUCCUCGAGGAUAGGAAUUCGGCAGUGAAAAUGUCGGAAUCUGCACCUGUUGGUAAAGGAGGGUUGCUUCCAACAACUGGAAGUGCCCAGACAGUGCAGGCAGACCCCGAUAUGAAAGGCUGGCUGUACAAAUGGACAAACUAUCUCAAAGGAUACCAAAAGCGCUGGUUUGUCCUGUCCAAAGGAGUACUAUCGUAUUACAGGGCUGAACACGGAGCCGGAGCGAACGCAGGGGGCAGGAGUGCCGGGGGCAAAUUAUCUAUAAGGCGUCGCAGGAAAGGCCCCCGAGCGGAGAGCAAAGGAUCCAUGAUGCAAUGUAUUCGAGCGCCUCACUCGCCCACUAGACAGACUACCGUGUCUGAACUGAAAAAAGAUAAAAAGAAAAUCAAAAAGAAUCAAGCUGAGAUGUCGCACACCUGUCGCGGUACGAUAUCCCUUCAUGGAGCCCUAAUUCAUACCGUGGAUUCCUGCACAUUUGUGAUAUCAAACGGUGGAACCCAAACGUUCCAUAUUAAAGCUGCCAACGAAGUUGAACGACAGUCAUGGGUAACAGCACUGGAGUUGGCUAAAGCGAAAGCAAUACGGGCAAUGGAGAGUGAUGAGGAAGAAGAGGACACUGCAGCCCACACAAUACCGAGCGAGGAAUUGAAUCUUGUAGUGAGAGAGCUGACCUUUAGAUUAGAAAAUUUAAAAACAUGCUACGAUCUAAUAACCAAACAUGGUCAAGCACUGCAGCGAGCUUUGUCAGAACUGGAAACCGGCGAUGAUCUAGCAAACAAGACGAAAAUAGUCAGUGAACGGGCCACUUUGUUCCGAAUAUCAUCCAACGCUAUGAUAAAUGCGUGCUCAGACUAUCUACAAACAGCACAGACGCAGGGCCACAAAUGGUCCAAGAUGUUGCAACACGAACGUGAUCAGAAACUUCACCUGGAAGAGAUGGUCGAACAACUAGCUAGACAACAUUCGCAUCUCGAGCAAGCAGCACAUCGCCACAGACCGAACGCAGCUACUUCCGCCUCCGACGACGAAGACAAUGAGUUCUAUGACGCACAAGAGGAAGGUGGUUCUGUUGCUUCACAGGAGGACAGUUCGUUCAUACUGAAAAUUCCGGUCGCUCAUCAUCGUCGCAAUUCGAAUGAUGCAACGGGUAGCUCCUCAGAAGGCGAAGAAGGCAAUAGCGAAACACAGCAAGUAUUAGUAGUCACGGAUAAUUUAGACAAUAUGGACGUAACGGAUAGGAUAUCUGUAAAUAGCAGUCAAGCACUAACACCAACCUUCUCCAAUAAUAACCAGUCUACAAAAGUUGCACGAAAACGACGAACACGCGUUCCAGAGAAACCCAACUAUCCACUAAACCUAUGGUCAAUCAUCAAGAACUGUAUCGGUAAGGAUUUAUCGAAGAUUCCGAUGCCUGUGAACUUUAACGAGCCGCUGUCGAUGCUCCAAAGACUAACUGAGGAUUUUGAGUACUCCGAGAUUCUAGACAAAGCAGCCCAAUGCAAGGAUACCUGUGAGCAACUAGCGUACGUAACAGCAUUUACCGUCUCGAGCUACUCGACUACCAGUAAUCGUACUGGCAAACCAUUCAAUCCGCUGCUUGGAGAAACGUACGAGUGCGACAGAACCGACGAUCUUGGGUGGAGAUGUAUUAACGAACAGGUAUCGCAUCAUCCACCGAUGGCGGCACAAUAUUGCGAAGGGCGCGGCUGGAGGUGCUGGCAGGAAUUCACGAUGACUUCCAAAUUCCGUGGCAAGUACAUUCAAAUUGUUCCACUAGGGUACGCCCAUGUCGAGUUCCCUGCCACCGGAAACAAGUUUACCUGGCGGAAGGUGACAACAACGGUCCACAACAUAAUCGUAGGAAAGCUAUGGGUGGAUAAUCAUGGGGAUAUGGAAAUAUUCGGCGAAAACAACGCAAAGGGUGUAAAAUGUCAUCUGAAAUAUCUACCGUAUUCCUAUUUCACGAGAGAUACGCAGCGGCGGGUUAAGGGUGUGGUAAUGGACAGUUCCAGCCAGGUUAAAUGGGUGAUAAAUGGCACAUGGGACAGUAAAAUUGAAAUCGCACCGGUUACUUCCACUAGCGGCUCUGUGGAAAAUCCUGUUUACAAGACGGGCAAUUACAAAACUGCUUGGAAUCGACGAUUACCUCCAAGUGAUUGUGAAAAAUGUUACAACUUUACAGUGCUUGCUUGCCAGUUGAAUGAACCCGAGACGGAUGUGGCACCAACGGAUACACGCCUGCGACCUGACCAGCGCUUGAUGGAAGAGGGCAAAUGGAAUGACAGUAAUACGGAAAAAUUAAGACUGGAAGAGAAACAACGUGCACGGAGGCGAGAACGUGAAGCCGAGGCAGAGAAAGCAGCCGCGGAAGGUCGUCCAUAUCCGCCAUAUGAGCCGAUCUGGUUCAAUAAACAGAAAGAAGACGGCACCGACAAUUUGGUGCACGUGUUCAAGGGAACCUAUUGGGAUGCCAAAUCGAAGCAGGAUUGGUCCAAAUGUCCAGAUAUAUUUUAAAGAAAGAGCGCUGUGUACAUUCUUUUCAAUUGUAAUUAAAGCUAUAUUUGCUAGUGAGAACUGUGUGCACGUAAGACGAUGUAUGAGCGAGAGACGGUAGAUUGUAAAGAAUAUAAUUUUACCUACAAUAAACUGCUCUUUAAUUUAAUUAAAGCAGAAACGCGAAGGCGAACACGUUGUUUUUUUAGAUGUGAAGCGCUUAUUGUUCACUACAACCAUUAAAAAGUAUAUUAAACUGUUUCUCUUGA